AUGGAAUAUAUCUUAGGUGGUUAAAAAGAUCUCAAGUGAGACACUGAGAUGAGUGAAGAGGCCGAGGGGGCUGCAGGUCACAGGAGACCAGAGUCUGCACUACACAGCUGUGUAACCAUGGAGACUGAUGAUAAUACUGUUAGCAUGAACAAAGCAUCAACACGGACCAGUGCAGGACCACAGACACAUAGACCUCCAUCUCCAGUGCCCAGCAGUGUGUCCAUGAAGAGUGAUCAGUCCAUGCCUAUUCCUCCUGUAUUCAGCAGUGAACAUGUCCCAUCAGGACUAAAUGAGCUCAGUACUGAUCUGACUCAGGAUCAGUCCAGGUGUGGAGUGUGUGAGCAGGUACUGAGGGACCCAGUCAUCACCACCUGUGGACACAGUUUCUGCAGGCAGUGCAUCAGCAGCUACUGGGAGCAGCCUGGACUACCAGGAGACCAAACCUGUCCCCAGUGUGGGAAGACAUGCAGAACCCAACCUCCUCUACAGCCUCCUCUAGAUGAACACACAGAUAUGAGCACACAGGGUGAACACACAGGCCUGAUCAACAGCAGAAGACACCUGCACACUGAACAUACACCAGGCAGAAAGAAGGAACUAGGUGAGUAGACAUUUUGGCUUUUUAGACAUUUUAUUGAUUGUAUCUGUUUUUCUGAGAAUUAAUGUUAAUAAACAGAGUAAUUACAUUUAUUGUAAAAUAUUAAUGAUUACAGUCCUGUUUUACAGUGAGUUAAUACUCAUGAAUAGUUUCAGUAUUUUUGUUUAAAUAAAUUUUCAGAGAGAGACACAAAUAGAUAAAACAUGUUGAUGUAUCAAGUUGGAAUACCUGUUGGUGUAUUGGGUACUUUUAGGACUCAUAUUAAAUUGAACAUUCACCCUCCAUUUUCUCACUGAAAUGUAACAUUAUGAAAUUGCUGCUUGGAAUGUUCGUAUGAGACAUUUCAAUGCAAAAUGGGUGACAUUACUAACUGUAAAGUGUAUGGCAAGCCGAUUGAGCAUUUAUUCUGAUGUCUUGAUAUCAGGCAUAAUUGUCAUGUACA